AUGGCUUCCUCUGCGGGGAUCAGAACCCGAAUCUGCAUGAUCUCCGACACACACACCGCAGCCCCGUACUCCCCACUCCAGACCUCAUAUGCCUAUCGCAGCCCACUCCCGAAGGCCGACAUCCUCCUCCAUGGCGGCGAUCUUACCAAAGUCGGCUACAGCGUCGAGCACGAGGCCAUGGUCUCGAUGCUCAAAGCCGCCGAUGCUGAACUAAAGCUCGUCAUCGCCGGCAACCACGACAUCACCCUCGACGAAGAGCACUUCACCAGUUUCGGAUAUCGGCGACAUCGGCGACCAGAAUGGCUCGGCGGCAAGGGCAUUCUCCUCGAAGAUGACGAACAGUCCCUAACAAAUCCGAUUCGCGCCGGCGAUGUACCCCCAGCAGAUACAAUGCAGGCGUACGUCCGACGCGUGAAGGAUAUGUACACGAACGAAUCAGCCCGCGCGGCGGGCAUACGAUACCUCGAAGAAGGCGUCCAUACCUUCACCCUCUCCAAUGGCGCCAAAUUAACCAUCUACGCCUCGCCCUAUCAACCGGAAUUCUGUCGCUGGGCUUUCGCCUACCCUCGCUCCCAAGAUCGCUUCAAUUCCCCCCUCCCCGGCUCGUCCAACCCCGCACCCGCAAACCCCGUCCCCGACUACCCCAAUGUCGAUAUCAUGCUCACCCACGGCCCUCCCGCACACGUCCUCGACCUCGUCGGUCAAGACGAAGGUCACCAGCAGCACGUCGGCUGCCAGAAUCUCCUUCGAGCCGCCGAGCGCGCCCGGCCACGCCUGUACAUGUUCGGACAUAUCCACGAGGGAUGGGGAGCGAUACGCGGCACAUGGAACGCCUUUGCAAACGGUGGAAUCAAACAAGAAGAGGUCCCUACUGACAAGGAGGAUAUGUUGGAACGUCGCGCGGCAUAUUACGAUAUCAGCUCUGAGAGUCCGCGGCCUUUGCAGGUUGGGGCGGAAACGCUGUUCGUAAAUGCUAGUAUAAUGACGCUGGGCUAUCAUCCGUAUAAUGCGCCUUGGUUGGUAGAUUUAGAUCUUCCGCGUGCGGAUGGGCAGACGCGAUCGCUUGUAUGA